CAAACUGACCGAAAACUCCACGUAUUUGUAGCUUACUUCUUAUACUCUCCGUCUCCUGUCAUCGUAGGGCUGUGCACGAUGCCUGCGAGGAUGAAGCACUUGUUCGAUGAAUGUACUGUAGCGUAUGAUGGAAACACGAAGGAGACCGGAGCGUUUCAGAAGGGAUGGAAAAGGGUCACAAACAUGUCGGAAGUAGGAUUGGGUCCCUCUGGAUGGAGCCACCGCCUCAGUGGUUACACCAUCAAACCCGUCUUUGGUGUGAAAUCGCACUACUGGGGAGACGGCUUCAGUCUGGAGCUGGGAAAGUCAGCAGACGAGAUGCGCAGCAUCCUAGCAGACCUGAAGGCCAACCGUUGGAUCGACAGGCAGACCAGGGCCGUCAUUUUGGAAGUGUUGCUCUACAACGGAAACCUGGAUCUGUUCACUUCGGUGACGAUGGUGUUUGAAUUCAGCGAGAUGUCCGGAGUUUUCUCCCAUCGUCAUCUGCACACCUUCAGGCUUCGUCAACGGCCGGGGACGAUCGGCUACGUCUACGUCCUGCUGGAAAUCAUUUACGUCAUCAUUCUCCUCUACUCGCUGUGGAAAGAGGCGCAAAUUGCACGCGCCGCCGGCUUGGCCUACCUGAAGGAACCAUGGAAUAUUGUAGAAAUAUUCAACUUCAUCUUGGCUUUUACAGUCAUUGCCUUGUACGGAUCUAAUAGAGGCUACAGCUCCAUGGCUCUGGCGGCUGUCCAGCAAGGGAAAGGUGUGCUAUCGUAUUUCUCCUUAACCAACUUCUAUUUUUGAAGUUUGUUGAGAAGUAAUAGACUACAUUUUUAUUGUAACUUGUAUGAUAUAGUUCCUAUAAUGUUCCAUUCUUUUGUUAUCGUUAAGAUCAACUUCAAUUUCUGAAAUCGCUGGUGAACAUAAACCUGAUGUAUGGAUGGUUCCUGGCUUUCCUUGUCUUUGUCAACAUCAUGAAGCUUCUGCGGCUGCUGAGGUUCAACCCAUUCCUGUCCAAGCUGAUGUCCGUGUUCCGGGGAAUGGCGGUGGAGUUCUCUGCCUUCAUCCUCUACUUCUUCCUCUGCUACUCGGGAUUUGGCAUGGGCACUUAUCUCAUGUUCGGGUCCACCGUAACAGCGUACAGGACUAUCAGCUUGUCCUACUCCACAUUGUUCCAGAUGUCUCUUGGAAUCUUUGAAUACACAGAGCUUUUUGAGGCAAAGCCCAUCCUCGGCCCCAUCUUCUUGGUAACAUUCAUGUGCCUAAUAUUCCUGGUGCUGAUGAACAUCGCCGUGGCGAUCGUCGACACCGCACUCCCCGAUGUGCGGAACCACGACAUGCCUGAAGAGGACCGGUACUUCAUCCAAGGGCUAUGGGAACGCUUCAACUCCUUGUUUGGGCUUCAUCAGCUAGUGCAAACGACAGGUGAUGUCGUCUAUUAAAAACUAACUAAAAUCUUAGUGCGUUUUACUAUCGUUAGGAAGUAACAAAUGGGGGCUAACGCUUUGCAGAUCAGUUUAAGCCUACCAGUUGAUAUUCACAUCCUGUGUUGUAUUGUAGUC